AUGGCCCCUCGCAAGUGCGUUGGCUUUGUCGCGAAUGCGGAGGGCGAGGCGGCGGACCCUUGUGUCUUCAACGGAAACGGGACGGGCCGCCCGGCGAACGCGCUGACCCACGGGCGCUGCGUUUGGUGCUGCCCGGAGGAGAUGGCCCGGCGGUUGGUCUUUGAGAAGGCGAAGGGGCGGCUGCCGGAAGAUCGCACGGCGGGCGUCUUAGCGGAGGUCGACGCGCGCCUGGAGCCCGAAGAAGAGAAGUUGGAAGAAGAUGUGGAAAUGGCGCUGGCGGAGAAGGAGACUGAGGCGGACGAAGAGGAGGAAGAGGAGACGGAGGCGUUGGAGUGCUUUGCGGAGCUGGGCGUCGUUGCCGACAACCUGAACGACGGGGAGGGCGAGCUGGACAUCGAUGCGGUCGACGUUGGCGAGGUGGGCUUUGGCGACGCGCUGGGCGAGGUUGACGCGCCGUUUGAGCCUGCGGAGGACGCCGAAGCUGAGGUGGAAGAGGUUGCGCUGAAGAAGAGGCGCCUACGUGGCAAGCAAGCGGCGCCCGUCUACGGACCGCCGCUCCCGCUACCUGCGGCGGCCGCGGCGGUUGCAGAAGUGGCGCUGAUGGGGCGCGCCGGCCAGCGGCGUCGGGCGAGCCUCGCGCCAAGUCACCAGUGCUUAGGCCGAGCAGGCGCAGGCUGCACGUGGUCCAGCACUCGUCUUGGGGAGCCAGCCGAGAUCCAGCCGGGGCGCGGGCAGACACAUUGCGUCUUGCGCAGCGACGCGCAGCUUGACAAGAGCCUUGCCCAGCAACGCGGCUUUCAGUUGACCAAGACCCUCAAGGCGCUGCGGGAGCUCGACGACGCGAAGUACGAGGCGGCGCUGGAAAACUUGAAGGGUCGGAAGGGCGCGGCCUUUGCGGCGGACUUCGACGACCGCGUGGGCUUCGCCAUUUAUCGCGCGGUAGAGCGCGAGCAAGCGCCGCGCAAGACCGUGCCGGAGCGCUGGAGCGAGCUCCUGCAACGCCGCGUCCGGGCCCAG